AUUGGUAUUACUUUUCUUGGUGGUUUCGUCGGCCGUCCCAAUUCGUUGAACCUAGUCGGCAAUCUCAGCUAUAAAUAUGGCCCCUCCUCCGCUUCCCCUUGCAUCCCAUUUCUCUAGACCGAAAGGAAAGAGUCCUAGGCUAAUCUCUCAAGAUGCAGAUCUUCGUCAAGACCCUCACAGGCAAGACCAUCACUUUGGAGGUCGAGUCCUCGGACACAAUCGACAACGUCAAGGCUAAGAUCCAGGACAAAGAGGGCAUCCCUCCGGACCAGCAGCGUCUGAUCUUCGCCGGCAAGCAGCUCGAGGACGGCCGCACCCUCGCCGACUAUAACAUUCAGAAGGAGUCCACCCUCCACCUUGUCCUCCGUCUCCGUGGAGGCAUGCAAAUCUUCGUCAAGACCCUCACAGGCAAGACGAUCACCUUGGAGGUCGAGAGCUCGGACACGAUCGACAACGUCAAGGCCAAGAUCCAGGAUAAGGAAGGCAUCCCCCCGGACCAGCAGCGCCUGAUCUUCGCCGGCAAGCAGCUCGAGGACGGCCGCACCCUCGCCGACUAUAACAUCCAGAAGGAGUCCACCCUCCACCUUGUCCUCCGUCUCCGUGGAGGCAUGCAAAUUUUCGUCAAGACCCUCACCGGCAAGACGAUCACCUUGGAGGUCGAGAGCUCGGACACGAUCGACAACGUCAAGGCCAAGAUCCAGGAUAAGGAAGGUAUUCCUCCGGACCAGCAGCGCCUGAUCUUCGCCGGCAAGCAGCUCGAAGACGGCCGCACCCUCGCUGACUAUAACAUUCAGAAGGAGUCCACCCUCCACCUUGUCCUCCGUCUCCGUGGAGGCAUGCAAAUCUUCGUCAAGACCCUCACCGGCAAGACGAUCACCUUGGAGGUCGAGAGCUCGGACACGAUCGACAACGUCAAGGCCAAGAUCCAGGACAAGGAAGGCAUCCCCCCGGACCAGCAGCGCCUAAUCUUCGCCGGCAAGCAGCUCGAGGACGGCCGCACCCUCGCCGAUUAUAACAUUCAGAAAGAGUCCACCCUCCACCUUGUCCUCCGUCUCCGUGGAGGCAUGCAAAUCUUUGUCAAGACCCUCACCGGCAAGACGAUCACCUUGGAGGUCGAGAGCUCGGACACGAUCGACAACGUCAAGGCCAAGAUCCAGGAUAAGGAAGGCAUCCCCCCGGACCAGCAGCGCCUGAUCUUCGCCGGCAAGCAACUCGAGGACGGCCGCACCCUCGCCGAUUAUAACAUCCAAAAGGAGUCCACUCUCCACCUGGUUCUCCGCCUUCGUGGAGGGAUGCAAAUAUUUGUGAAGACCCUUACGGGAAAGACGAUCACCCUCGAAGUGGAGAGUUCGGAUACCAUUGAUAAUGUGAAGGCGAAGAUCCAGGACAAGGAGGGGAUUCCGCCGGACCAGCAGAGGCUGAUCUUCGCCGGGAAGCAGCUUGAGGACGGCAGGACGCUCGCCGACUACAAUAUUCAGAAGGAGUCCACCCUCCAUCUGGUGCUCCGCCUCCGCGGUGGGAUGUGAAUCGUCGGCUGUUGAUCUCGUGGUUCUCGUCAUUGUCGUUGUGUCGGUCCAUUGUGUCGGUGUCCGUCCGUUUUAAGUGUCGUCUAAUAUGUGUCCCGUUUUAAGUGAUUGUCGUGUGCCGGCUUAAUGUGGUCGUGCCUUCGACCGUCUCCUCGUUCGUUUGCUUCUUCAAUAGUUAUGUGCGCCUAAGUUUGAUAAUAAAAAUGUGACCGUCUAGUAUCUAUAAUC